CCUAUACACAUUCCCGCGCAAUUCCAUACACAGGCAUACACAACAGUUCGAAAAUGGAACGUUGGACGGCAAGAGUUCUUAUGCUGAUGCAUAAGCCUCAUUUCACUCAGAGCAUUGCUGCAUGGAUUGCUUGCGAGACCACCUCUCAGCGACUGACCACCACCAGCCUUCUCGACAGAAAUGUCAUUAACACGAAGGCGAAAGACCCCUCUUAAAGAGGCGGAACACUACAUCAGCCUGAAAGAAGACACCUCUACAAUAGAGGCAAAGUUUAUUGAUGACACCAAAGGGCGAGGAGUUUUUUCAAAUGCAUACAUAGAAAAAGAUGCCUUUGUGGUGGAGUACAGGGGGAAGCUCUGCCCCCUGAAAAACCUAAGCAAAAAGGCCAACCUGGAGUAUGUUUAUACAUUCAAAUUCAACGAUAUGGAUUACUGCAUUGAUGCGUCUCAGGAAGACGGCACACUUGGCCGUCUGAUUAACGACAGCCCCACUCCAAAUUGUAGGGCCAAAAUAAUUAGACAUUUGAAUGUGCCCCAUAUAUGUAUUUUUGCAAAGAAAAACAUUGCUCCUGGUGAUGAAAUAACGUACGACUACGGGGUCCCUUGGCUCCCUUGGAGAACUACUAAGUCUGGAGCAACUGAGAAGGAAGAGGAUCGUGCCAUUGUGGAUGCUCAGUCUGGAGCAACUGAGAAGGAAGAGGAUCGUGCCAUUGUGGAUGCUCAGUGUGCGCCUCACAAGUUAUUUCACAGAACUCUAAACAUUGAGAAGUGCAGGACAUGCCGUUCACCCUUUGCAGCGAAGAAAUGGCUUGGAUUACAAUGCAGAGUUUGUGGUGGUGUUUGGCAUGAAAAAUGCCUAAAACGUUCUUCUGAAGAUUGGGAUCUGCUUUAUAGUGAUUGCUCAUCAGGCGAUGAAUACAUCCCAUGUUCACCAGAGAGCCCAGAAGAAAUUGAGUCAGAAGAAAUUGAAAUACAAACAUGCCCUGCUCUCAAAAAAGUGCUGCCUGAAAAAGAAAACACAAGUGCCAUGUCAGAGGAUAACGCGUUGAUGGCCUGUGCCGAAACAGAAAGUCAGAUGGCCUGUGCCGAAACAGAAAGUCAGAUGGCCUGUGCCGAAACAGAAAGUCAGAUGGCCUGUGCCGAAACAGAAAGUCAGAUGGCCUGUGCCGAAACGGAAAGUCAGAUGGCCGGUGCCGAAACAGAAAGUCAGAUGGCCGGUGCCGAAACAGAAAGUCAGAUGGCCGGUGCCGAAACAGAAAGUCAGAUGGCCGGUGCCGAAACAGAAAGUCAGAUGGCCGGUGCCGAAACAGAAAGUCAGAUGGCCGGUGCCGAAACAGAAAGUCAGAUGGCCGGUGCCGAAACAGAAAGUCAGAUGGCCGGUGCCGAAACAGAAAGUCAGAUGGCCUGUGCCGAAACAGAAAGUCAGAUGGCCGGUGCCGAAACAGAAAGUCAGAUGGCCUGUGCCGAAACAGAAAGUCAGAUGGCCUGUGCCGAAACAGAAAGUCAGAUGGCCUGUGCCGAAACAGAAAGUCAGAUGGCCUGUGCCGAAACAGAAAGUCAACAGAAAAUCACGCUCUUCAAUCGAAGGAGAUCUGGAGAAGUCUCUGAAAUGACAAUGGAGAACUUCAUUAACCGCAACAUGGAAGAAGUUCAUGAUGACGUUAGUCUUGGGCUCACAGACGUUGAAAAAAAACUAUGCAAACGCCUGAACAGAGUGGAACUAGAGGGCAAACGGGGCCGAAAAGUUGCCAUCAUCCUCACCCCCAGCAUGCUGGCUGCUUUGUCACAGCUGGUUGGUCAACGAAGAGAUUGUGGCGUUAAAGACGACAACCCGUACCUGUUUGCAGUGCCACAUUGCGAUAGCUGCUACAGAGGCCAUGACUGCUUCAAAAUGUUUGCCCACAUGUGUGGCGCCGGAAACCCUGAUCUGCUCACCUCUACAAACCUUCGCAAGCAUAUUGCAACAAUGAGCCAAAUCAUAAAUCUGAAGGAAAAUGAACUUGAUUUCUCCGCCGAUUUUUUUGGACACAAUAUAAAAGUUCACAGAGAAUACUACAGACUACCUCACUCAACAAUUCAAGUUGCCAAAAUGUCAAAGCUGCUCAUAGCCAUGGAAAAGGGGGACAUGGGAAGUCUUCAGGGAAAAUCCCUUGACGAAAUUGGUGAUGAUCUACAAUUUAGUGAGGAGGACGAAAGCACAGCUGAUGAAGAUGAUAUGGACUGCUGCACAGCUGAUGAAGGGGGAAUAGGUGAGAGCGAAUAUGUCAGCACUGGCGCUGCCUGCCGUGUCAACGAUGGCAUCAAUGGUGGAAUAGGUGAGAGCGGAUAUGUCAGCACUGGCGCUGCCUGCCAUGACAACGAAGACAUCAAUGGGGGAAUAGGUGAGAGCGAAUAUGUCAGCACUGGCGCUGCCUGCCGUGUCAACGAUGGCAUCAAAGGGGGAAUAGGUGAGAGCGGAUAUGUCAGCACUGGCGCUGCCUGCCGUGUCAACGAUGGCAUCAAUGGUGGAAUAGGUGAGAGCGGAUAUGUCAGCACUGGCGCUGCCUGCCAUGACAACGAAGACAUCAAUGGGGGAAUAGGUGAGAGCGAAUAUGUCAGCACUGGCGCUGCCUGCCGUGUCAACGAUGGCAUCAAAGACCACGUCAAAUCACGUAGGAGCUACAAAAAGAAGCCCUGGACCAAAGAUGAAAUCCUGGCUGUUCAGAAACACCUUGGAACUCAUAUCAUGCAAGGGAAGCCGGCCACCUUGUCUGAAUGUGAGAUGUGCCGGAAGGCAGAAUGGGACAUGUUGAAAGAUCGCACAAAUCAAAACAUUAGAGACUUUGUUAGAAACAGGGGGAAAAAGCCAAAGUCAGCUCCCUAAGCUUUAGACCCUGGGCCUGUGAUGGUAUUUUGUUUGUACGUUCA